AUGAGGAACUGCGUCCCAAACAGGCCUGUUCAUUUGUCAAGAUUUGAAGUGAAUCUAAAAGAAAAUGAGAAAGAAAUAAAAAAGUUGAGGCAGGAAGUGAAUGAUAUGCAAUUAAGAUCUAAUGAGGUACUAUUCGUAAACAACCAAUUUUCUACCGAUGAAAAUCUCAACAUCAUUAAAAACCUUGAGCAACAAUUAGAUUCUUUGAAUGAAGAACUAAAAUAUGAAACAGUUCUUCGUUCAAGGAUUGAAGAAGAGUUGAGUUGUGCAUUAAGUGAGCUGAGGUUUUAUCGGACAUCUACAGUAGCUGAUAUUGCCCACCAAGAAAAAAGCGAAAUUAAGUCUCACUGUGAAAGUUUUACGAUCGAAAUUUUGAAUGAACUGAAAGCACAAAUAUAUUCAAACUUAUCAUCAUUCACCGAACAAAACAUAAAGCAAUUGACUUUGAAGAAAGGACAUUACAAUGAACUGAUUGGUUUUGGGAAGUUACGAGAGACAGCUAAUGAAUUCAAAAGAGAAUUGAUUGAGAUUUGUAGACGUGAAGAAAGUGCUAUUAAAUCACUUGGUGAAUUACAACACAAGUAUUCUAUACUUCAAAGACAAUACAAUGGAUCCACUCAACUAACUGAGGAUGCAUUACAUAAGGUUGCAGAAUUAAUAUCUUUAAGUCAAACAUUAACUAACGAGCGUGAUGAUGCAAUACAAAGAAGAGAAAAUGCAGAAAAUGAACUUUCAAAACUCCAACUCGUUGUCGAUAAACUAACUGAAGAAUCUGGUCAACGUACAAGGGAAGAAAUAGAUAAAAUAGAAAAGAAAGCCAAUGAAAAUAUUGAGAAUUUAUUAAAUGAACUGCACCAUAUGGAAAAGGAACGCUGUCAAUUGGCCAUUCAAUUAGAAUUUUAUAAAACAAGCAACCUUGGUCAUCAUAUCAACGAUGUAAAUAAUGAAGGUAAAUCUGUUCUUAAUGUAAAUACUACUUCAGGCGAUUCGAAACCGGAUUGUCUGUUGGAUACUUUUAGAAAACGUGCCAUACACGCUGAGAGUUUAUGCAAUGAAUUAAAGUUAAGAUUGGAAACUGAAUGUAACAACAAAGAAAAGUUAGUUGCAUCUAAACAAAUCGAAAUUGAACAAUUAAAUGAAAAGAACAAAUUGCUUAUAGAACGCUUUGAAUAUAAUGAAUUACAACGGAAAAAGAAUGAAAACCAUUAUAAUAAACAAAAUGAAGUUUUGUUCAAUUCUCAACUUCAAUUGAAUAGUCUUAAACAACAGUUAGAAGCUGUACAAAAAAGUGCACAAGUUCAAAUCACCUCAAUAAAACAGUCAAUGAAAAUGCAAGAAGUCGAGUAUAAAUUAAAGAUCGAAACACUUGAGAAAGUAAAUAAAUUAACCGAUAAAAAUUGGCGUAAUCUGUUAGAUAAGCAACAAAUAUUAACGUCACAAUGGAGAAAGGAAGCAGAAGAACUAGCCAACCAACUUGAAGAACAAACCAAUGCAUUUGAGACGGAAAUAGGAAAAUAUCGGAGUAAAUGA